AUGACCAUGAGCUCGUUUUUGAUAAACUCCAACUACAUCGAGCCCAAGUUCCCUCCCUUCGAGGAGUUCGCGCCGCACGGCGGCCCGGGCGGUGGGGACGGCGGCGCGGGCGGGGGUCCCGGCUUCCCGCGGCCCCAGACCACCCCGCACCUGCCGGCCCCGAACCUGCACGCCGCCCGCCAGCCCCCAGCCUACUACGCGCCGCGGGCGCGCGAGUCCAGCUACCCCGGGGGCCUGUACCCCGCGCCCGCCUCCGCCUGCCCCUACGCCUGCCGCGGCGCCAGCCCCGCGCGACCCGAGCCGUCCCCGGCCCCCGGCGCGCACCCCAGCCCGGCCCCGCAGCCCCCCGCGCCCCCUCGGCACUGCGCUCCAGGCCCCGCCACCCCGGCUGUCGCGACGGGGGGCAGCGCCCCCGCGUGCCCGCUGCUGCUGGCGGACCAGGGGCCGGCGGGCCCGAAGGGCAAGGAGCCCGUGGUGUACCCCUGGAUGAAGAAGAUCCACGUGAGCGCCGUCAACCCCAGUUAUAACGGAGGCGAGCCCAAGCGCUCUCGAACUGCCUAUACCCGGCAGCAGGUCUUGGAGCUGGAGAAGGAAUUCCACUUUAACCGCUACCUGACCCGGCGGCGCCGCAUCGAGAUCGCCCACACGCUCUGCCUGUCUGAGCGCCAGGUCAAGAUCUGGUUCCAGAAUCGGAGAAUGAAGUGGAAGAAAGACCACAAACUUCCCAACACCAAGAUGCGAUCUUCCACCCCUGCCUCGGCCCCUGCCGGCCCUCCUGGAAAAGCACAAACUCACAGCCCCCACCCCCAUCCCCACCCUCUACCUAGUGCCUCCACACCCAUUCCCUCCUCCAUAUAA